GAUCGGUCUACCCCCCACUUUCUUAGUAUGAGCCGGUACAUAACUAUGACCCAAACUCAUGAUGACACGAACAUCAUCGAGCAAAUCGCCAUUCUCCUCAGAGCCAGACACGAUCAAUGGGAAAGCGCCUUACCGGCUGCCAGAGGCUGUAUCGCUUCACUUGAUGCCAGACUGUGGAUGCAGAGUCCCGUGCCAUUGAAAGACAAGAUAUAUACGAUUGAGGUGUUACAAAGUUUAGCGUUCGCUGAUGCGGACUCAGGAGGUGUGGACGAUAUUGCCAACUGGUGUCUAUACCAGCUCAUGGCCCUGCUAUACCACUCACCCAAUGACUCGGCCAUCCUCAGAGACAUAGGACAGAACUGGUUGCAACGUGCACAACCUUACCUAGCGGCCAUUCACAUUCAAUAUAGCACAUCAUCCAGUUCUAACAGCACUCGAAGCAGUACUCAUGGAUUAGUUCUCACCGCGAGCGAGGAGGAACGCUUGAAUGCCGCGACAAUGGCGGAAGCGGAAGAAAGACUGCACACAAGCAACUACGUAGAGGCUCGAGGCAUUCUCGUACCAGCCACAGAAUACUUCAGUCGUGCAGUGGAAGCCUCACAACGCUUGGGGUCGCUAUCUGGGCAUCUCCUUAUUGAGGCAGCUGAAGCUUUCAUGAGCUUGGGGAACGUCUCUUAUUCGAGAACGAACGAGCAAUACUUUCGUAGGGCCAUCCAUUAUCUGCGUAUGGCAACAGCCAUGCCGACUUUCAAUCUACCAGCGCAUCUUCAACAAUAUUUGGAUGACUAUGGUCGAUUUGUAGACUGAUCUACACUUCCAGUAUGUUCCAUGAAUCCGGAUAGUCUAAUAGCGUGGAGUCAAGGGAUUGGUCAGUGAUCAGAUAGAAACUCAA